CCUGGUGGAAGCAAAGAGCCACGUGACGCACUAUUAUAAAGAUGGCGUUUAUAAAAGAGGAGAGUGAAGACGUGAAGAUUGAAGAAACGUUCAGAGUGAAACAAGAAGAUAUUGAGGAACAAACAGACAUGAUUGCACAGAAAGAAGAGAGUCAAGGACUGAAUAAAUCAGAAGAGCAAGAUCAGCAUGAGGAACAUCAUGAUUUCAUAACUGGAGAAAAAUUUAGUUGCUCACAGACUGAAAAGUCUUCCUCUCGAAAAAGAGCUCAAAAGACAGGAAGUGGAAAUGAUUUCACUUGCCAACAGUGUGGACAGAGUUUCGGUCAACAUGGAAACCUUAAAGUCCACAUGAGAAUUCACACUGGAGAGAACCCUUUCACCUGCCAACAGUGCAAUAAAAGUUUCAACAGAAAAGGAAACCUUAAUGUCCACAUGAAAAUUCACACUAGAGAGAGACGUUUUACCUGCCAUCAGUGUGGAAUAAGUUUCACUCAAGAAAGAAGCCUUAAAGUCCACAUGAGACUUCACACUGGAGAGAAACAUUUCAUCUGCCAAGAGUGUGGAAAAGGAUUUAAUCGAAAAGUAAGUCUGAAAGUCCACAUGAGAAUUCACACUGGAGAGAAGCCAUUCACAUGUCCUCAAUGUGGAAAGAAAUUUGAUCAACAUGGAAACCUCAAAGUCCACAUGAGAAUUCACACUGGAGAGAUGCCUUUUACCUGCCAACAGUGUGGAAAAAGCUUCAACAGAAAAGGAAACCUUAAAGUCCACGUGAGAAUUCACACCGGAGAGAUCCCCUUCACCUGCCAAAAGUGUGGAAUAAGUUUCACUCAAAAAGGAAGCCUUAAACGCCACAUGAGAAUGCAUACUGGAGAGAAACCUUACACAUGCCCUCAUUGUGGAAGGAGUUUUACACUUAAAUCAACCCUUACUUCCCAUGUGAGAAUUCACACUGGAGAGAAGCCAUUUGUAUGUGAUCAGUGUGGAAAGAGUUUCAGAUUCAACGUAUCCCUUAAUCACCACAUGACGAUUCACUCAAGAGAGAACUGGGCCCGUAUUCACAAAACAUCUUAAGGCUAAAAGUAGCUUAUAACUCACCGAUUUAGGAGAACUAAAUUUAGGACUCCUACAUUUU